GAAGAAAUGGUGAGAGCUUAUACUAUAGUCUCUAUGUUUUUGUUAACACUGUUGGUGACUAGAGUAACAUCUUCCCAAGUUAAUGCUCCGUGUACUUGGACAGAGAUUUCUGAAGAAUAUGAUUAUUGUGGCGAUUCUCUCACGCGUGGCGUUCCUUGGGUUUCUCCAUUGAAAGUUUGUUGUGAUACUAUAAAAUUGAACAAGAUGAAAUGCAUAUGCCAAGUCGUUACAAAAACGUUUUCGCAAAACUUUGACUUUUAUAAGCUCUCCAAACUCUCUCAUGCAUGCGGCGACCUCUUAGUCCCUGGAUCUUAUUGCGGAGUUUACAAAGUCCCGAAAGGCGCUUAAUUGAGCAGGAAAAACGCAUUGGGAUACUUACAUUGCUUCAAUGAGGGUACAUUAGUAUGAAUAAUGUUCUAUAGUUGAUUUGUAUUUCGCUAAGAACUAUUUUUCGUUAUAAAUUUGAUUUUUAAUC